GCGCUACCGGUGGCAAAGAAUGUCUUAAUUCAAAGCGAGCGAUAAUCUGCUACAAUACCACCUACUAUAUGCUACAAAAACAACAAUGGUCAUCUAGAAUGGGGAGAAAAACGUUUUGUUCUGCUCAUAGAAUCUCUGUGUUCAGUCUUCUUUUCCUUUGUGUCUGGCUCAUUGAGGUCGUAGGGGAAAUCUACCCGUUUGCCCCUGGGGUGAGAAGACGCACUGGUGUGUACAUCGAGAAAUGGGAUGGUAUUGACACCUAUUCUAUUGACGCUUUUCGUAGAAAUGAGCGCUUUCCUUAUCUACCCACAUGGCGAGGAUAUGGAUCUCAUUUCACUCAGCCUUCAAACUGGGGAGAGAACUUUGGAUCACGCAUCAGAGCUUAUUUUGUUCCGAAACAAACAGGAGCACACGUUUUCUAUAUUUCAAGUGACAAUGGUGCCAGACUUUACUUGAGUAAAGACGAGUUGCCUGAUCACAAGAGCUUGAUAGCACAAGUCGCUGAUCGACAUUUCACAGCGCCUGGAGAAUACGACAAGUAUCCGGAACAGCAGUCUUGGCCUGUCCCGUUAGAGAAAGGCAAGUAUUAUUUCAUCGAGACGCUGAUGAAGGAGCUGUUCGAUACGGACCAUCUGUCAGUGGCCUUCAAAGGACCCGAUGGUACCUUUCACGCCCCAAUCGGCUCGGAAUACCUUUGGACAGCAACCGUCUCUGAAACUGAUUACAAGCAUAACAAGACAGCUCAGUGGAUAUUGAUCCGAUACGCCGCCAGGUAUGGCGCACGCGCAGGAGCUACCUCGGGAGAUCGUGCUGCUUCCGUUUCCGGUGCUAAAGCGGGCAGGGACGCUGGUGCUCUGGCUGGAGAGAGGGCUGGUGCUGAGGCAGGGGCACAGGCGGCCGCUAAAGCUGCUCGUAAGAUCAUCACUACCACGAUAAACAACGCGCUAAAGAUGUACAAGAACACACGUGCGUAUGCGCACGCCAUUUUUAUGAGCCCUGGCCAUCACGUGACCAUCAAGGAAGUAAAUACACAAACCGGAAAUGCUGGUACAGUUAGUAUUACACAAACCGGUGGUGCUGGGAGAGGAAAUAAUAAGCAGACCGGAAGUGCUGAGGCGUCAAGUAACCUACAAAACGGAAGUGCCAGUGCAUCGACAGGCUCUGCAGCAACAGCAUUAACUACAUCGAGCUCCGGCUCAUCUUCACUGCCUGGUGUGACGACCAAUCAGGAGACUCGUGUCACAGGGGGAGCAACAGACCAUUUGCAGAAGUACCGGCUCCCAGGGGUAGAACCAGACAGGGAAGGCACGCCAUUCGGAAGCCGCGGUGUUGCCAUACCAACAGAUACAGUGGCUUCUCAACAAGCAGCCAUACAAUUCGCGAAAUUGCAAAGAAUGGGGGGCGCAUCGAAUGUCAAAAACGUCAAGAAUUCCAACAAAGGCGUAAAGCCUGUCUUCGAGUCUUUAAUGAGUGGUAAUAGUGGAAAUGCAACAUUUGUAGAAAGUGAGAUCGGGAGCCAAGAAAGUCGAGAGUCUACAAGGGAAAGGGCCAAGUUUGUCUACUACCCGAAAAAAGGAGAAGACCCGGAUGAGGUGGCGAGAAAACUGGUGUAUGACGAUGGAACAGCAAGCAAAGUUGUGUUCAACGCUCACUACAGUAUCCAUUCGCUAGAUGUGCCCGCGAUACAAAUCAAUCUGACCAAAAACCUUUGCUUCCGGUCUGUGAAUAGUCACGUGACGCUUCGGGGGGCAUGCCAGUUUUUUAUCAUUAGGGAGGGCCUUCUUCCAAUGACAAACUCAGACGACUUCUCACUUCAGUCGGCGUGCGUUCCCGACCAUUACAUUGUUCAAAAGAAUUACAGGUUCUUCUUGGCGAAACAUGACGGGAGUUUACACUUUGCUCGAGAAGCAACUUUUGCUUUCUACAAGAUAAUGAGCUUCCCGUCUGCGUUGCAAAUCAUGAGUUUCUACCACUACCUUUGGUUCACUUGUGAAGACAAGCGCAAGAACAACUUCAACACCGGUAUCCACCUCGAGUACAAUAACCCUACCAACGAGUUCCUCGAGAGAUGCUCAUUUAACUUCCUUCCGAUGCCAUCUAAUGCCAGCCCAACUAUGAGUUGUAAAGGCGUGCUCGACCAUCAACCGCCCAAGAUCCCCGGUCAGUCCAUCAAGGAAGGGAGGCAACGGAAGCUUAAACCUAAUGAAACGUGCAUCGCUCUGCGGUUUAUUAACAUGGCACACCGACCGGUCGUGAUAACCAGUGAUCUAAAAGACGACAGUUAUCUCAUCACUAGCAAAGAUUUCAAGCUUAAGACAGUGAUACGACGGCCACAGCUCCAUCACCACAUCACAUUCAAGGCGUUUGACCCUACGAGGGAAAAAGCGAUCCUUUUAUUUGGUGACAAUAGCAUAACCUUGCAGCCGCUGACCACGUGUGAUGACUACAUUCCUGUGGAGGUCACGGCAUCUGCAGGUGUUAAACCUCCUUCACCGUCUUACCCUCCUACCACAGAGCAGCCAUCAUUACACGUCCAUUACCACUACCAUCCCCCGGCAGCGCCAACACCAACCGGUUGUCCAGUUCAAUGUACAACACAUUGUCUACAUUUCUGUCCGCCGAACUGUUGCAAAACGGUAAAAAUGGAUACUGCCAGAGAUUACUCGAUGCCUCAUCCGGUAGAAAAAGUUAACUAAGGUGGUAUGGAUUUUCCAAGCAAGAUACCAGAUACUCGAUGUCCGAUGCUCGAUACUAGAUGCACGAUAUCGAAAAUUUUCCCUUACAAGAUACUAAUACUAAUACUCGAUAGUCGUUAUCCCCCCAAAAGUAAAGGACACUUUUUUAGGCUAAUGACAGAAAUAUGUAAGAAGUUAAGAGAAAGAAAGUUAUAUUGUUCAUGACCAUGAUAAAAAUAGGUACUUCAGUUUGAUUCUCAUGGACGCCGAGUAUCCUGCUGUUAAUUAUCCAAACAAGAAUAACAAUUUAUAAUAGGUAAUAUUUUUACUAAUAUCUAUUCAUGUAAGAACCCGUACAGCAUUUUGAAUUGAAAGACACUCAUGAAAAAAAAAAACAUUUUUGGGAUGUUUAUAGAAAAAAAAUAGAGUCCAAAAAAAAAAUUACUACCAAACCUCCAAACCCUUUUCCAUUUCCGACCCGCUCCCAAUAGGUGAGACUCCCGCUCCGAUACGUUCCCAAUAAAUAAGAGCCCGAUGAGCUCCUACUCAAUGAGAUCCCCGCCCAGAUGAGCUCCUACUAAAUGAGACCCCCGCCCCGAUGAGCUCCCAAUAGCUUGGUCCCCCACUGUUACACGCUCCUACUAGCUUAGACCCCCACUUUCUCACGCUCCCAAUAGCUUAGACCCCCACUUCCUCACACUCCCAAUAGCUUAGACCCCCACUGUUACACUCUCCUACUAGCUUAGACCCCCACUUCCUCACGCUCCCAAUAGCUUAGACCCCCACUUCCUCACACUCCCAAUAGAUUAGACCCCCACUGUUACACGCUCCUACUAGCUUAGACCCCCACUUCCUCACGCUCCCAAUAGCUUAGACCCCCACUUCCACACUCCCAAUAGCUUAGACCCCCACUUUCACAAGCUCCCAAUAGCUGAGGCUCCCACUCAGACAAGCUCCCAAUAGCUGAGAUCUCCGCUCCGACAAGCUCCCAAUAGCUGAGAUCUCUGCUCCGACAAGCUCCCAAUAGAUUUUAAUUCCUCUCCGAUAAACUUCCCAAUAGCGGAGACCUCGGACCCAAUGAGCUCCCAAUAGCUGACGUCAUGUUAGUGUCAAAGGGGCCGAAACAGAAUCGUGUUGUGUGCCGUCAUUGAUGACGCCAUAAAAAUAAUCAUAUUUUUUGAAGAAACGCUGGUACUUCAUGUUAUGUUUAUAAUGCAUUCUCCCUGUCAAGAAACGCGGGUGAGGCAAUAAGCGAUCACGAAUCGGGAUUAUAGUAUUUUAUGAAGUAUUUGCUUCGAAAUAAUCUUGAUUUUGUCAAAAUCAGAAUUGCUGCUACCCUCCGCCCACUGCGCAGUGAUGAUGUUAUAAUAGAAUGAUGUUAUUAUAUCACUGCGCAGUGAUGAUGUUAUAAUAAAAUGAUGUUAUGAUAUCACUGCGCAGUGAUGAUGUUAUAAUAAAAUGAUGUUAUGAUAUCACUGCGCAGUGAUGAUGUUAUAAUAAAAUGAUGUUAUGAUAUCACUGCGCAGUUAUGAUGUUAUAAUAAAAUGAUGUUAUUAUAUCACUGCGCAGUGAUGAUGUUAUAAUAAAAUGAUGUUAUGAUAUCACUGCGCAGUGAUGAUGUUAUAAUAAAAUGAUGUUAUGAUUUCACUGCGCAGUGAUGAUGUUAUAAUAAAAUGAUGUUAUGAUAUCACUGCGCAGUGAUGAUGUUAUAAUAAAAUGAUGUUAUGAUAUCACUGCGCAGUGAUGAUGUUAUAAUAAAAUGAUGUUAUGAUAUCACUGCGCAGUGAUGAUGUUAUAAUAAAAUGAUGUUAUGAUAUCACUGCUCAGUGAUUAUGUUAUAAUAAAAUGAUGUUAUGAUAUCACUGCGCAGUGAUGAUGUUAUAAUAAAAUGAUGUUAUGAUAUCACUGCGCCGUGAUGAUGUUAUAAUAAAAUGAUGUUAUGAUAUCACUGCGCAGUGAUGAUGUUAUAAUAAAAUGAUGUUAUUAUAUCACUGCGCAGUGAUGAUGUUAUAAUAAAAUGAUGUUAUGAUAUCACUGCGCAGUGAUGAUGUUAUAAUAAAAUGAUGUUAUGAUAUCACUGCGCAGUGAUGAUGUUAUAAUAAAAUGAUGUUAUGAUAUCACUGCGCAGUGAUGAUGUUAUAAUAAAAUGAUGUUAUUAUAUCACUGCGCAGUUAUGAUGUUAUAAUAAAAUGAUGUUAUGAUAUCACUGCGCAGUGAUGAUGUUAUAAUAAAAUGAUGUUAUGAUAUCACUGCGCAGUGAUGAUGUUAUAAUAAAAUGAUGUUAUGAUAUCACUGCGCAGUGAUGAUGUUAUAAUAAAAUGAUGUUAUUAUAUCACUGCGCAGUUAUGAUGUUAUAAUAAAAUGAUGUUAUGAUAUCACUGCGCAGUGAUGAUGUUAUAAUAAAAUGAUGUUAUGAUAUCACUGCGCAGUGAUGAUGUUAUAAUAAAAUGAUGUUAUGAUAUCACUGCGCAGUGAUGAUGUUAUAAUAAAAUGAUGUUAUGAUGGAACGA